AUGUCGCUCCCUCCUCCAAAGCGCAAGCGUGAUGAUGAAGAACAAGAAAUGACACAAGCCAGAUGCAAGCGCUCGCCGGAGCCUCCCAUCAUAACCAACGAGGUUGAUCUGAUGGACAUACCUGCAUUUGUGCCACAGACCAUCAGCAACGCCGAUGCUGAGAGAGCGAAAGAAGCCGCUUCUUCCGACCCGAUUGUGCAGCUAUCGGACGAAGACCUUGAGAACGUGGCCGUGAUCCGUCGGCAGCGCCCAUCCGCUAAGCAGUACGAGGCCACGAUCGAGACCUUUAUCGAGCAGGCUAUGAGAAAGCAGUUCUUGCUCGAACCAGACCAUGGGCCGCUUGCAGCAAUGGCAUACUUUGACAACAUCAGAGCUGCCGCCUUGGACAAGGGCGCAAUGCAGGAGUCGGCGGAACAAACGUGUUCUUGGCUGGUCGUUGGCUGGCAGAAGAGAGUUGCCGCUUGGGCCUUGCUGAUUACGGGGCUCGUGAUCGAUAGGCUCGGACGUUCAAUCAGAUCUCUCUCAGAACUGCAAGACAUCAGCUGCGACAUCGCGACCAAUGCCGAACAAGCAGGUGGUAUCCGCACUAAUGAUCGCCUCGCACGAAGUCUGUUCGAGUGCAUCGAUGACUUCCAGCACGAGACUAUUGAUGGCACAAGAACGCUACCUCCCAGCCCACCACAGUCUUUCGGCCGAGAGGUGUCUCAAAGUGGAAGCCUUCUUGGCCCUCUGCUGGAGCAUCUCAAGGAUGAUGCAGAAGCAUACGGUGGUCACGAGCAGCAAGUCCACCCUACCACGCCCUCGAUUGGCACUCAACAGCAGAUUAAUGCCCAGCUGACGACUCACUGA